CAUGCCCCUAUUCUCUCUCUCUCUCUCUCUCUCUCUCUCUCUCUCUCUCUCACAUCUAGUCAUCAUCUCUGUCCUCAGCUGACACACCCAUAAAAUAAAUAAUGACACAACCUCCUCAACCAUAUUCCAUAUUUCACUGCUAAGUGCUAAAACACUCACUCGCACAUUGCAAUUUGCAAAUCCCAGAUACCAAAACCAAAACAUAAUCAAUUUGCUAUCUUCAAAACCAUCCAAUAAUAUUAAAAAUGGUGGCAAUUUCUCUUGUGUCCUCCUCCUCCUGCUUUACUGGCUCUGCACUUCAACGCCCUUCACUUUUUUCUCCUCAAAAUCUCAAUCAGAGGUAUCUUUUUUCACUCAAUGUGAAUCUGCAGAGACUUGGCACUGGAAUUCAAAACAAGAACUGCAACUUCUGUCCGACAGCUGCCCAGAAAGGGAAUUUGGAGGCUGUUGGUGUUCCAACUUCAGUGCCAGUUCGUGUGGCGCAUGAGCUUCUUCAAGCUGGACACAAAUAUUUGGAUGUCAGGACCCCUGAUGAGUUCAGUAGAGGGCAUGCCCCUGGGGCUGUUAACGUCCCUUACUUGUACAAACUUGGAUCAGGGAUGUCAAAGAACCCUGAAUUUCUAAAAGAAGUGGCAUCACAUUUCAGAAAACAUGAUGAGAUUAUCGUUGGAUGCCAGCUUGGGAAAAGGUCCAUGAUGGCUGCAACUGAUCUCCUAGCUGCUGGAUUCAGUGGCAUUACAGACAUAGCUGGUGGAUAUGCUGCUUGGACACAGACUGGACUUCCAACAGAGAAAUGAAACUUGAUUGUGUCCUGCCAGAGAGACAGAGAGAGAGAGAGAGAAAAGGUCAAAGAAAAUGUCAUAUGUAAUGUAAUGUGUAUCAAACAGAAAGAAAAGUUGGUAAAUAAAUCAAUCACCCAGAAAACUUUGUAAACAA